CAGUGCUCCGCGCCGAGUCAAGAUGGAGGAGCGCAGCGGCCGCGGGAGAACAAUGUUUAGACGCUGAAGACAGAAACAAACGACGGAGCUGGGAGGUGAAACAGGCACGGCCAGAGCGAGCGGUGGUCAUGAACUGGAUGAGAGCGGUGGCCCUCUUUUGAAGACCCCAUUGUUUCAGCAUCACUCCGCUCUAUCCAAGCGCCUCCACCAUGAGCCUCAUCCAGGACAAGCUGGGAAGCGAGUUCCUGCGGCCGGGCGGGGGCAUGGAGGCCGGCUUCGGUUCGAGCAUGCUGAUGUUCAGCCACCUGCCACCUGUCACCAGCUUCACCCGCCUCACCGGACAGAGCGUCAUGGCCGAGCUGCAGCCACACCCACAUGAGCUCGUCCUGAAAAAGGAGCGCCACUCGCCCGACUGCAACGCCUCAGGAGGAGGACUGGUGUCCGGGGUAGGGAUGAUGCCAGGAAUGGGCGACCACAUGCCUGCUAUGGGGAUUAAGCAAGAGAAGGUGUCGGAGCUGGACUACAGGCAAGCUAUGUAUCCGAGCGACGGGGGUCGUGGUGGCACCGAGAUGCUCGAGAUGACCCUCAGUAACCAUCAGAACCUGCCUGUACACGACCUCAGCAUGGGGAACCUGUCAGGGAGGCUGGGAAAGGACUCCUCCGGGAGGAAAGGUCGAAGGUCAAAUGGUGACGGACAGGAAGGCAAGACGCGGCGGAAACGAGGAGAAUCGAAGUCUACGAUGCUAGAUCCUGAUGGAGGGAUGGUGUCUCCCAGCUCCAAACCACACAUCUGCGAGCACUGCAGCGCAGCCUUUCGCAGCUCCUACCAUCUCCGCAGACAUGUUCUCAUACACACGGGUGAAAGGCCAUUCCGGUGUAAUCAGUGUAACAUGAGCUUCAUUCAGAAAUACCUCCUGCAGAGACACGAGAAAAUACACAGCGGAGAGAAGCCUUUUAGCUGUGACCAGUGCAACAUGCGCUUCAUUCAGAAAUACCACAUGGAGAGACAUAAACGAACACACAGUGGAGAAAAGCCAUACAAGUGUGACACCUGCCAACAGUAUUUUUCAAGGACUGACCGGUUGUUGAAGCACAAGCGGACAUGUGGAGACGGCAUUAAGAAGGAUUUGGAUGGGGUAGAGAUUGAGCUGGGCAGGGAGGCCCACGGCGGGCAUGGCAGCUACGCAAUCACUCAGGGAAACGUGACCACACCAGGCCGCAAACGAGGCAAGUCCAAAACUGGUGGCGAGGGUGGCAAACGCAAGAGGACGUCAGCGCCCACACAUAGUCAAGGGACAGAACAGUAUGGCCUGCACGAUUUUAACACUGUGGACAACCAUGGACUCUCACUAUCAUCAUCAGCAGCAGCAUCCCAUCCAGGGCCCAGCAUGCACGCAGAACCUGUUCCAGCACCUAAAAUGGCAUUUAAAAAGGGCCACAGGAGAGGCCUUGAGAAAAAUGCCCAAUCCAAGCCUGGCAGCAUGGGGCUGACUGGCGAUGCUGGCAUGGAUGACAUGGGCCUUCUCCAGAGCCACAAAGCAUGCCAAAGUAGCAGCAACAACAGCGCCAACUAUGACGAUGCCAUGCAGUUCCUGAAGAAGCGCCGCUAUCUGCAUGCAGCCAUCAACGGCGGGGUAGGGGGUGGAGCUUCUAGCUAUGACGUAGGUGUCGGUCACUUGCAGCCCCAGCCAGUGGUUGUUCAGGGCAUCGUGUCUGGAGUAAUGGAUGGAGACCCCUCGUUGGGACUCCUUGACUCGUCGCCUCUGGCUGACAUCAAACCGGAUAAGUCGGGAAUCCCAGAUGAAGUGCUACAAAGCCUGCUGGAGCACUAUGGCCACAAGCCCGAUGUGACCUUUGACUUAUCCGACCCACAUCCUGUGGAACUGGAGCAAGGCACGAUCGAGGGUGUUGACCCAAUGGGGGCCGAGAGCAACCCAGGGGGUGGGGACAAGACGUCCUUAAUGCACGAGUACUCUCGCUUCCUCCUGCAGGCUCUCGAGAGGACGAGUCACAGUGGUAGCUUUGUACUCGGGCCAACACCUUCCUCCUCUUCCUCAUCCAGUGCUGUUGCUUCUUUCCCCACGUACACUACCUCCCCUCUGGAGUUCUCCUUCGGCCUCCCAGCCUCCUCCUCCUCCUCCUCCUCCUCUCCAACACUCAAUUCCUCUGUGCCAAAGCCACACUUUGGCUUGUUGGGGAGCUCGUCGCCUUCGCAGGGCUUCCAUCUGAGUGGCCUGGAGCCCACGGCACACUCCCAGCAUUCCCAGCAGCCUCAACCUCAGCAGCAGCUCACCCCAUCCCAGGAGCUGACAGAACAGCUGGAGAAACAACACACCAACUCUCCUCCUGCCCCUCCACACACCCCCAACUCAAGCGCCUACCAGCUCCCGGCUCCAACCACUGACCUCACCGGCCAGAAAGAUGGUCAAGGCCCCAAAAAUGGCGCCACUGGCUUCUCGAUGGUCCCGGCCAAAGGCUUGUAUCAGAUUGAGAACUUUGCUCAGGCGUUUGGGCAGUUUAAAAGUGGGCGUAGACCUUUGGUGUUUGGUACAGACUCGGGCGCAGAUGUGGAGCAAUUCUCAGGGUACAGCAGCCUUCUGGCCAGCGUGAGCGACACCAAAAGCCCACAAAGCCAAAGCUACAACUGAUCUGGCUGUAGAGCUUCUGCUUAUUCAUUUGGUCUUUUGUAUCGUUGUUGUUAUUAUUGUUAUUAUUAUUGUUAUUAUUAUUAUUAUUAUUAAUUAUUAAUUAUUAUUUCUAUUUUAUUAUUAUUUUUGUAAUGCUUUGUUUUGUGUGUUUUCUGUAAUUAUCUUGUUGCCAUUUAUGAAAAUAUGAAAUUUCAUCCCAGCUGGCAUGCAAAGCCAAAAUGAAAUGCAAAAUUUUUAAAGUAUUUUUGUUUCAUUUCCUUUUUGGAAGGAAAGACGUAGUUAUUAUUUUUCCUCUUUUUCGUAGUGUCCUAGAGACUGCUCUGUUCAUCGAUAGAACAUCAUGAAAAAUAGAGUAGCGGUGAACUUUCUGAAGUUUUAUUAUUUUCUUUGUUUUUGUUUCCCCUCUCUCUACCCAACGAUGCUCAUGUUUUAACAAUGUAAGAUAACUUUGAGGUAGAAAUGGCAGGGAGUAGCCUGGGGAAAAAAAGAGAAGAGGGGUGGGAAAACCCCCCCAAAACAUUGUCUGUUACAAGAUUUUAAGUAUUACUCAGGUAAAAUGUGUAAAGGUGUACAGGAGAAUUUUAUCAGAGGGGCAGCAAUAAUGCAUUGAAGAGGUGGACACUUUGCAAAUACAGAGAAGCUUUCUUUAACUUUUUUUUUUUUUUUGGCGCUUUUUUUUUUUUUUUUUUUUUUUUUUUUUUUUUUUUUUUUUUUUUGGAGUGCGAUUCAAAAAGAGACUAAACUGCUGCCCGCUCUGUUUCACUGACAACACUUUCCACUUGGCUGUAUAGAGAUUAUGGUACUUUUAUGUCAAUGUGAAAUGCUCACAUUCUCUUUCAAUAAGGGCCAUAUAUAUUUAUAAGAAUAUCUAUAUAUACAAUACCGUAUAUAACCUUUCUGGGAAAUGGCGGGUGACAUCGGGGUAAGCAGUAGGGUGGAAAAGGGGAUGUGUCCGAGCAUGCUCUUUCCUCUUUUUCCUACGCCAAAUCCCCCACCCCAGUUUUUCCUCUCUCUCUUUUUUUUUUUUUCUUUUUUUUUUUUUCUUCUUUUUAUUUAUUUUUUUCCACCCUUGGAGAGCAGAGCCAAGGGUUGUUCGGAAGAGGGCGCCAUGUGUACAUGCGCGAGUGCCUCUUAGCACACACCAGCUCAUAGGACUAUGCUGUGCCUCUUUCACCUGUCUUUUCCCCCUCUUCUUCAUCUCGAAAAAGAGACCAGUCGAGCACUUUUGAACCUGUUCCUUUUUCAUACAGGAUGAAACGACCCAGUCUGAUCAAGCAGGAUGUCCAUUCUGUUACAGUGGACAUGCUAUUAAUUUAAAAAAUAUAUAAUUUUUUUAAAAAAAAUCUAGUCAUUGUUUGAAAGACAGGCAAGGGAAAAAAGAUCAGGAAGUGGUGUUCUUUUUUUUUUUUUUUCUUUCUUUUAAGUCACUUGGGGUGGGUGGGGUAGUUUAGUUGGGGCUUGCGGGUGGGGAGGGGUAUAUGGAUAUGACGAGGUCUUACGUUUCUAGCAUGGUUUAGCGGGUAAAAUGGAGGGUGGGGUUAUUUUGUGUGUGUAUGUUUGGAAGGUUUUUUUGGUUUUUUUUUGGACUUCUGGAUGUAUGUAGGACAGGCCUACAGAGUAAAGUCGGAGGGAAUUUAAAAUUUCUUUGGUAGUAUUGAAUCUGUGGAAACUGUCGAGUCUAAACGGCCCCUCUUAAAGAUGCUGUGAUUUUAUUUUUUUUCACUGGGCAGGCGAUCCAAAAAAAAAAAAAAAACAGUGCAAAAUGUAAGCGUUUCACAGUGCUGAAACUGUGUGAGCAUGCAGGGUGAAGUGUUAUCUUCAACUACAUUUCUACUUUUUGUUUUGUACUGAAUAAUUUAAGUUUCUUUUUUUUCUUUUAAGUCAUCGUCUUCCACCACCGCAAAUGGCUGCUCUGUCUGUUCUUCAAUCUGUUCCUUUUUGCCCCCCCCCCCCGUCCUUCUUUCAGUAUAGCUCUUUCAUACUCACCUACUGACUUCUUCAGUCCGAACCUUCUGGAGGCAGAUAUCACGGGGAACAAAAAGUGACCACUAGAACCAAGUACUGUGUUUGUAGCAACCUAGUGUACUCGUAUGGCUGUUAUCAGUAAUGAUCCUCAGAGCUGAUCACUUUAUACCUCAUAUCACUGAUGACACAAGCAGGGAUACAGGACAGAAUGAGGCGUGCAUGUAGCAGGGACGAUUUGGCUUUACUAGAGAAAAUCCUUGUUUUUUUUUUUUUUUUUUUUUUUUCUCCUCCUUCCUUCCCUUCUAUAUUAGGGUUUACUCAGUCUGUCUAGAGAUGGCCUUCUAGAGAGCAUGACCUCUCGAGUCUUGAAGUGGAUUUGGACUUCUAGGGGGAAAAAAAAAAAAUCCAUCCUGAACAACUUGCAUAUCAAUAGUCUCGUUUGUUUGUUUAAACUUUGUAACGGUUUCUUACAUUACCCACAAUGCUGAUCGACUACGUGCUGAUAGUGGUGCAGUGGGAUUUAGCUCUCGCUUUAUCUCUACUUAGAGAGUGAUGCAGCAGAGCUCCAGUCCACUCUGCCUACAACGUCAGCAAUGCCGUAGCGCUGGUCAACUUGUUGGUCACUCACUAACUGUAUCUCCAUCGUCACAUAUCGCUGCAUUGCAUUCUUGGGCCAGCAUUUGCUUCUGCGCUGGAUUUCUUCAUUAAUAUGACACUGAACGUUGCUGGAAAAUGGUGAAUGAGAAAAGAAGCUGUUGCUCUUUUUUAAAAAAAAAAAAUUUUUACGAGCGAACAUCAAAUCCUGACCGUUAUCCAUUGUUUGCGAUCUGUGAAUUUUUUAUUUAUUUUUUUCCUGCUCAUAUUUAAACCCUGUUGUAACUGCGCUAGAGACGCCUACCUGUGACGACAGCGCUCCACGCAACUGCUAACUUCUCACAGGAAUACCGAAAAUACAGCACCAGCCAACAGAUUAACACCAGAAGCAUUAAAGUAAUGCUAAACAUUAAAUAAACAUAUUUAAUGUGUUUCAUGGUGGAGUUUUCCUUGAACUAUGGCACUGAAAGUAGAGCAGCUUUGCAAAACUCUGCUCUUUUAACAAUAGUGGAGAUUUGGUCCACUUAUUUUAUUUAUUUUUAUUUUUAUUUUUUUUUUUACACUAAUCUUAAAAUUUGUAUUUUGUGGAUUUCCAAAAAUUUUCCCCAGUUUUAUGUUUCUCAGGUGGAAAUGUGGUGCAUCAAUAAAGAGAGGAAAUGACGUGUAAAUGAUGCAUCAAGUGAAAAUCUGUUCACCUUUAAGUAUAUGAUGGUAAACCAAACCUGCAGUCUUUUUGGUGAAGUUUUCUUAAACUGUUUCUGAAAAUUUGAGUACAAACUUGCCUUAUAACAGGUCAUUUGUAAUGAUUUUAAAGGCAUGUACACGCACUGAUAGUUGAGAGUCUCUCUCGUAGCAGUGAAUUUUACUGACUGGACUUGUACUUUAAUCUUCACCACAUUUUGCCAGUUAUCUUUUGGAAAUCUAUCAGUUCUGGUGUUGAAAUUCAAAAGUCCACUCACCUAUGUCGUGGAUGACCUGAAAACAUUCACAGGUACUUCAGUUUGUCCACAUUUUAGCCAAAAGCCUUUAUUAUAAAUACAGGGAAAGUGUUGGCCUCUCAUUCAGACUGAUAAACACCCGUAGUGUUCAAUUUUUAUGCUAAAACGAAUCGCACGUUCUCCUCAAUGUGACUUCUAUCUCAUCACCAAACCAAAAUUAUGUAUUCUUAUUGUUUACAUACAACGUACAAGAACACUAAGAUGUUUCUCUCUGUUGUCAUGUGGUUUCUUUUAUUUUUUUAUUUUUUUUAUUAUUUUUUUUUUCUUAUUCCCCCUUUCUGCCCAUUUUGUCACCACACAAAUUUGUAGCUAACCUUCCUUCUGUCUUAUUUUCUUACAGAUUCUUGUGAUCUGACUCACAGGGCUAUACCUGUCCCUUUGAAUUUAUUAUCGAUUAGGGGUUACAAAAUAAAAUGCUGUUAUCAGUC